AUGUAUUCGUACGAAUAUUUGCCUGAAAACCACACAAAAGGGCAAAUUAUAUACAAAUUCAAAGAUGUCAGAUCAGUCAGCGAUCAAGUUUUCUUGUCCACAAGAGUUAACAGAAUGCUAUGGACUCUUACUCUCGAGUUUAAUAAAACGAUGAAUAUGAGGAAUAGAAAAGAAGGAAGAAGAUACAUCGAAGCAAAAAUUAAAUGCCACAAUAAUAUCAAAACUAACUUUGAGUGCGUGGCAAAAGUCGCCUUGAAAACAGUUUUGAGAGCAGAAAACGGCAAAAUAACCACGAUUGUGAGCGUUUCGAAUCCAGUGUACAGUCCGGAUCAUGCAGAAUGUCGGAUGAUUCAGUUCGAAGACAAUUUAUUUUAUGCUGAUGUCGAAAUGCAGCUUGAAAUCAUUGUGAUUUCAUGCAAAGGAAUUCCGGAAAUAUAUGAUCCAUUGAAAAGCAUUCCGGAAUUCGCCGACGUUACAUUAAUAAUCGAAGGCAAAAAGUUGAAAUCAAAUAAAUUGUACCUCACAAUGCAUUCGCCGGUUUUUGGAAAGAUGUUUUCGGACAAUCCACAGAAUGAAUAUGUUCUAGAUAAUGUAUCAUUUUCGCAAUUCGUCCUUCUUCAUAAUGCGAUAAUGCCUGCUGGAGAAGAUAUAAAAGGUAUCAAUUAA